AUGGAAAAGAAAAAUGCGUUUGCCCCUAAAAUUCACCAUGGCCAUGCUCCGAGGUUUUAUUUGAAAGUGAAUAUUCAGUGUUGUUCAGCCUGUCCUAGGAGGGCGAAGGAAAAGCUGGAGAAAUUCUCUGGAGUGCUUGCAAUCACCAUUGAUACAGAAGAAGGUUUGGUAGCUGUUACAGGCACAGUAGACCCUCAAAUAGUUAUACAGAAAUUUGCAAGGUGGGGCAAAAAAGCAGUGCUUUGCUCCCCUGAAAAGGACCCUGUCAAAGGAGACUCAUCAGACUGUUCUUGCUGUGACGAUGACUCCGAUUCUGAAUGCGACUGUGAUCGAAAUUACGAUGAAAAGGUAUCUAAAAGCCAGAAUAUUGGUACUAGUGGGGCCAAACCUCCAAUUGUUUCUAGCACCAAAAAGAGAAAGAAACUUUGCUGGCUUUUGGGUUUGUUUAGUAAAUUGCAGGAUGCUGCUAAACCCAAAUUGCCUCAUGGUGCUCCUCCAGUUUUCAGGCCCAACAACACGCAGGCUCCUGGCAAUGUGUUUUCUCUAGGAAUGUCUACUAUGCCUUACGGAGGUUCAAGACCACAGUUCCCACCAUGUUGGGAGAGGCCACAGUAUGGAAGUCAAAUUCAUGGACCAACUGUGUACGGAAGUCCAGCUAUGCUACCAUAUCCACAUUAUAUUCAGCCAACGUAUCCACCACCACCAGUACUUCAGCCACCUGGUUUUUUUCAAUCAAGACCUCCACCACAGUAUAGGCCCAUGAUCCAUUAUUCCAGAUAUGAAGACAACCAUGUUUAA